AUCAGUUCCUCCAGAAAAUUAGUCGUGUCUAUUGUGUUGAAAUUUAAAAAAUUUUGUGUUACAAGUUCAAGAAAAUAAUUAUCAUUCAUUGGUGAAAAUUUAGUCCAGAUAGUGUGACGUAUUGAUUAAUUUAAAAUAAUAAAUUCGGUACCUCUCUUACUUAAAUUUAAAUACUAUUGUAAUACACUAUAUACUUAUAAUUAAGUAUAUUAAGUUAAUUCAGUGGCAGGAUUGUUGACUAUCUACAUUCUGUUUAUUACUUGGUCUUAUUAGUUAAGACCUUUUUGGUGUUUCAUUGCAUUACAAAGUAAAUUACCCGACGAACAAGAGAAGAGAGAAAGAGUAGUGCCUAUCAUGAGCUACGCGUGCACCAAAAAAUCAAACAAUCUGUCUUACUCGGAUUAUAACAUCUCUAUUUGUAAUUUGGCGCAUGAUCACGUAGUUUUGCAUCGCCAUAAUUAUUGUAUGCGAAAGGACAAGAUUAAGAUGUGUAACAUGGUUACUUUUAGAAGACAAGUCAAGAUGCCUACAACAGGGACAAUUUUUUGGCUUGGCGCUUAAAGAGUUAAGAUUUCAAAAGGAGCUCGCGAAGAGUUCGAAAAAUUCUAUACAAAAUGGUUGCUCAAAAGAUCACCUGUCCGAGUCGGAGCGACGAUAUCGGAAAUCAAAACAACAAUACAAACACCAAAAGAUAUGGUUUUUUCGCAAACGAGUCACAAGACUCCAAGUGUUUUGAAAGUAGUAGAAAUAGAUCGUUUAAAAGCAAACAAAGGUGCAGCUCAGCACGUGAACGGCUUGACGGGAACAACUGCCGAAGCAAAUCCAGGAGGAGCAACGCCGUCAUCGCCUGUGACUAUAACCACCUUUUCAGAGGAGUAUUUGAAACCGGAGCCGUUAUUCGAGAGCACAAUGUUUCGGGAAUCGGACUACGAGUUCUUCCAAGAUCUGGCCUCGUCCUUCGAUCCCGUCAAGGACGAACUAGCACAGACCACUGAUAAGUCAACAAGAAAAACUGACACAAGGGCAAACACAUUUGACACAAUGAACACGCCAUUCUCUCCCCAAAGUUGGGAUGUUAAUUCCCCUCUUGCUCAGGCAAGUUUCUACUGCAGUACUCCAAAAGAGUCACCUUCACCAAAAGCAGUAGAUUCGUUUACUUUUGACGAUGCCUUAUUCGAUUACAAUAAUGAAAAUAAAAUGCAAUUUUCUGAGCAAUUUUUAGAUAUAAGUAGCUUGCCAGUAGUAAUAGGGGAAGAAACAUCGGAGAAAAUGGGAGAAAAAAGUUGGCCAGAGGUGGCAUCUACUCAUGACUGGCCCACUCCAUACAAUACACAUUACAAUAAAUACACAAACACACAAAGUAUGCCCUUUAUCCAUCAAGAAGACUCCCUCAACCAAGAAGAUUUAAAAUAUAUGGCGGUUAUACCAAGAGAAGUAGAAAGAAAUGAUGUGGUCGUAUCAGAAUAUUUGCUAAAUGACGACCAGGGAAAAGGAGGGGUUUUAGAAGAAACGGGAUCGAGAAAUCUCCCUUUAGGCUUGUCUGUUGACAUACCAACAGCGCUCACAUCUACCGGACCUAAUAUCAGUACACCAGAUGUUCUAAACUACGUGCAACAGUUGGAAGAGGAAAGUUGCCCACUAACAGAAACGAAAUCACCCAUGAAAUGGUUUCUUGAAGAAGAAAGUGUUGUCUUUACUGACCCAGUCAUAACCAGUACCAAGAGUUCUUCAGUUCCAGCGGAUUACAUGCCUAUUACACCUAAGGAUGAAUCCCAAAUUGAUUCAGAGGAAGAACCUAUUUCCACUUCAAAUAGAAAGCGGCGGCAUGACAGCGAAGAUUCUGAUGAAACAUAUAUGCCUCACACAGAACAUACUACUAGGAAGUACAAGAAAAGAAAAUCAAAUAUUCCUAUAAAAGAUAUGAUUCUAGCCCUGGAAGGCUCGCAACACUUGACAAAACCACGAAAAAGAGGGCGUCCACCGAAAAGGAGAGAAAGCACUGUUUCUUCUGUUUGUAGUGUAGAUGACAAUACAUCAACAAUUUCUACACACGAAACAAAAUACAGAGAAUUAAGAGAUAAAAAUAAUGAAGCAUCUAAAAGAUCUAGAAUGAACAGAAAACUCAAGGAGCUGCAAAUGGAACAGUUAGCAGAUGACUUGGAAGAGAAAAAUAAAAAGUUAUCUGUAAAGGUUAAAGUUUUAGAAGAAAUGACCGUUAAAUUAAAGAAUGCGUUAAUGACAGCCAUGACGCAAAAAUGAAGAUGAAAUUUUAUUUUUCAUGGGUUUUAUGAUUUGUAUAUACGCAUAGCGUACUUCAUUACAGAGAAAAUGUUGGGAGACAUUAAUAAUGCUAUGAUGAUAAAGAUGCAUGUGAAGUGGUAUUAUUUCUCAGUUUACAAAAGUUAUCUUGGACUUGACAAAAGUGUAGGUGUUAACCUAUAUAAUUUUACCUAGAUGUGACUUUCAAUGUAGAUUAAGAUUUAACUAUGUUAAAUUUAGGUACUUUAAUUAAAUCACAGUACAGUGCCAGUAAAUGAUUUGUAUUUUAAUAUAUUUUUUCAACUGUUUAUUAAUUAUUAAUCUCGAUGCUAUCAUCUUUAAUGAUAUAGUGACAAUUAAAUAUAAAGUUAAUAUACUUAUUGUAAUCAAUUUACAUGGCUUGGGCAAUAGUUGUUAAAAUUUUAUAUUAAGUUUAAAUAUUGGCUCACAAGCCCUGUUUGUAUCUAAUUUGUAAAACACUAUUGUGAAAAAAAUGAAAAAAUAAUUACCUAUUUUUAAGUAAUUACACACAUUUUGUUAAUUUUAUGAAUGGCCAAAGAGCCUCUUUCUAUUCUGAUUAUACAUAGUUACAAUAAAUGAUUUCUUUAAUUUAAAAGCAA